AUGGGUGUCCACGGCCUAUGGGACCUUCUAUCUCCGGUUGGUCGACGGGUUUCCGUCGAAACCCUCGCCGGGAAAAGACUCGCAAUUGAUGCGAGUAUAUGGAUGAUUCAAUUCAUGAAGGCUAUGAGAGACGAGAAGGGAGAGAUGGUCAGGAAUGCUCACUUGUUAGGGUUUUUCCGCCGUAUUUGCAAGCUUCUCUACCUCCGUACUAAGCCGGUCUUCAUCUUUGAUGGCGGCACGCCGGCUCUUAAACGCCGCACUGUUAUUGCGCGACGACGCCAGCGCGAGAAUGCUCAAGCUAAAAUCCGCAAGACCGCCGAGAAGCUUCUUCUCAAUCAACUCAAGAAAAUCAGAUUGCAAGAAGUCGCUGAUCAUCUUGAGAAUCAGAGGAAGAGUAAUGUUGACAAAGGCAAAAAGAUUGCUACAGAGGAAACAGAUUUCGUAGAUAAGACGUCAGCGGCAACCAAAUCGUUUGUGGAUUGUUGCAAUCAAGAAGAACUAGAUGAAUUGUUGGCUGCGUCCAUUGCAGCUGAGGAACAAGAAUGUUUUCCUGUUGCUGAGUCCUCAUCUGCUCAUCAGAUUCAAACGGAGGAUGAGGAUGGCUACGAGGAUGAAGAGAUGAUACUUCCUGCAAUUGAAGGAAAAAUUGAUCCUGCCAUCUUAGCUGCAUUACCUCCAUCUAUGCAACUUGAUCUUCUUGUUCAGAUGAGGGAGAGAUUGAUGGCAGAGAAUAGGAAAAAAUACCAGCGGGUUAAGAAGGUCCCUGCUAGGUUUUCAGAAUUGCAGAUAGAAGCUUAUCUCAAGACAGUUGCUUUCCGUCGUGAGAUAGAUGAAGUUCAGAAAUCUGCUGCUGGAAGGGGAGUUGGUGGGGUGCAAACUUCAAGGAUUGCAUCUGAAGCAAAUCGGGAAUUUAUAUUUUCUUCAAAUUAUGAUGGGGACAAAUCGGUGCUUACAUCUAAUGGAGAAGCAAGUAAGAACAAUGACCAGAGUAUUGCACCAAUAGUGAAUCCAUUUAGAAGUGCUACUGAUACUGUAGCAUCUUUAGAGAAAAGCAGUGCUGUAGGAAUUUCUGCAGAGGAACCUCAAAAAGGAUUGGAGAAUGAUGUUGAGACAUAUCUGGAUGAAAGAGGUCGUGUUCGAGUCAGUAGAAUGAGAGCUAUGGGAAUCCGUAUGACUCGUGAUAUACAAAGAAACUUGGAUCUCAUGAAAGAGGUCGAGGAAGAAAGAGUCGAGAAAACUGGCAACUUAAGAGAUCAAUCUGCUGGUCAUGGUGCUACUCAAGACAGUGCUUCUGGUGAAAUCCAGUUUUCCCAAGCCUCUCGUGAAAGGACUCCGGAAAAUGGCAACAAUGAAGAAACUGUUCUGGAUGCAGGAACUUCUAUUGAGAUAUCUUUUGAAGAUACAGGGCAGCAUGAAUUAGGCAGCGAAGACGAUGAUCUCUUUGCCCAGUUAGUAGCAGGGGAUCCUGUUAUGGAUUUUUCUUUGGAUGAUUCUCUUUCAAAGAAGCAAUCUGUGGAUUCUGCUUCAGAUCUAGAGUGGGAGGAAGCUGGGAAAAAUAAAGGUGGUAGUAGCGACAUAGAAUUGGAGGGCAAUUCCAAUGAGGCAAAUGGAAUGAGCUUGGAACAGGAAUUGGAAUGGGUGGAGGGUGGUAUUGAAAAUGAAGGUAAUGUGUUGAGUAAUAAAGAAGUGAAAGGCAACUCUCUUCUGGCAAAUGGAAGGAGAACAGAACAAGAAUUUGAACGGGAGGAAGGAUUCGGAGGCAAUCAAGAAGAUAUUUCUGCUUCCACUGGAUGCAAGAAAGUUUUCUCUAAAGGUUCCCUGGAAGAAGAAGCUGAUUUUCAGGAAGCAAUUCGGAGAAGUCUUCAGGAUCUUGACAGCAGAAUAACACUUGAUGACUCUAAUGUAGUUAAAAAAUCUAUCUCAACAGCGGAAUCUGUCAGUUUGGUGGUAGAUGCUAGGUUUACACAGAAAGAAGGUGACUUGAAUCAUGGAGAAGCCCCUUCAAGGUUUGUUAGCAUUCAACACAAUGACCCCGUUUCUGAAUUUCAAGAAACUAUCAACGGUGCUGCUAUUGUGGUGAAAGGAAAUUCUACAAGGACCAGUGAUCCCUUGGAGGCCCGUCAUUUAGGAGGAAGUUGUGGUAAGAUGGAAGUUUUGCCAGUAAACUCUCAAGAUGACCUGGGUUUGCAAGAUACUAAUCAAUAUAUGGAUGCAAAGUGCUUUACGGAGCAAGAACUAAGUGACCUGGUUUCUUCUAAAGCCAAUGGCAAUAGCAAAGUGCAACCUUCUUAUGCUUCUGGCAACGAUAAUAUGAUCACUUCAGGAGAUGACCAGUCUAAACAAGCUACGGAACCUGAAGAAGCCUGUGAGAAAUAUUUGGUGAAGGAUGUUAACAUCACUCAGGAGUCAGCUGCGGAGGAACUUCAUGAGUUUCUCUCCAAGGAAGUAGAGGAAUCUUUUGAUAAAGUUACUUCUUCGUACGAUCGGAAGGAAGAGGUUGAAAUUACACGGGCUAGUUUGGCGGAGGAAAUGUCAAUUUUGGACGAGGAGUGCAAAGAACUUGGAGAUAUGCAGAGAAAGCUCGAGAGAACAGCUGAAUCUGUAAAUAAUGAAAUGUUUACUGAAUGCCAGGAGUUGCUACAAAUGUUUGGUUUACCUUAUAUCAUUGCUCCCAUGGAAGCUGAAGCACAAUGUGCAUAUAUGGAACUCGUAAAUCUAGUUGAUGGUGUAGUCACUGAUGACUCUGAUGUGUUCUUGUUUGGGGCACGAAGUGUUUACAAGAACAUCUUUGAUGAUCGCAAAUAUGUCGAGACCUACUUUAUGAAAGAUAUUGAAAAUGAGCUUGGCUUGAAUCGCGAAAAGUUGAUUCGUAUGGCUAUGCUUCUUGGAAGUGACUAUACUGAAGGCGUGAGCGGAAUUGGCAUUGUAAAUGCCAUCGAGGUCGUAAAUGCUUUUCCUGAGGAAGAUGGCCUUCGCAAAUUCCGGGAAUGGAUCGAGUCACCAGAUCCUUCAAUUUUAGGAAAGCUUGAUGUGCAAGCAGGAGGUAGUGCAAGGCAGAUAGAACCCCAAGUUAGUGACAUGGAAAGUUGCUCAAGUCACAAGGGGGUCAAAGGCCGUGCAUCAAAUGGGAAUGCUUCCGGGUCAGAAGAUGAAGUUUCAAAAAUAAAGCAGACAUUUAUGGAUAAGCAUAGAAACGUGAGCAAAAACUGGCACAUUCCUCCUUCUUUCCCAAGUGAGGCUGUUGUUUCAGCAUACAAUUCUCCUCACGUAGACAAGUCUACAGACCCAUUCUCUUGGGGAAAGCCAGAUCAUCUUGUGCUUCGCAAGUUAUGUUGGGAAAAGUUUGGAUGGAGCACCCAGAAGGCUGAUGAGUUAUUGCUUCCUGUGUUGAGGGAAUAUGACAAGCGUGAGACUCAACUGCGGUUAGAAGCAUUUUACUUCAAUGAAAGAUUUGCUAAAAUUCGGAGUAAGAGGAUCAAAAAAGCUGUCAAAGGGAUUGCAGGAAACUCGGACCUGGUGGAUGACUCAGCACAAGUUGGUUCCACAAAGAAAAAGAGAAGAAAAGUGAACAAAGAUGAUGGAGAUGGGGUUACUCCAGGAAAAGCUUCACAAGGAAAAGAAUUUGCUGAUGCUAGUAAUGAAGUCAUUGUUUCAGAAAAGCUACAUGGAAAAUUGUCGAAGAAGACCAGAAGGAAAGCUAAUCCUUCUUCGGAACUUGCUAAAUCUAGCUCUGAUGAUGACAUCUGUAAUGACAGAGGGCAAGAUUCCCAAGGUAGUUCCAGAGAGCCAAGUCAAGUACGCAGGUCAGGACGGCCUCGAAAAGCUGUGAAUUACGCACUGAAUGAUAUCGAACUUGAUGAGCCCAAUCAGGAUGAUGGAAACCCCAAUAAGGAGAAUCUUGCUGGGAAAGAGCCAUGUGCAGAUAUGCCUGAGGCUGGUUAUUCAGCAGCUGUUCCCAGCAAAAUACAAGCCGUUGGACGUACAGAUCCAGAAUUCAAUGUGGAAUGCACUGGAUUGGAUGAGAGUUCACAUUUGAAUGAGGCUAAACAAGACAAGGUGACUGACCAACUUAGUGCAUGUCCAGUUGCUGACUCUCUUACUGAGUCACAGUUGUCUGGGGAUUACCUUACCACAGGGGGUGGAUUUUGCUUAGAUGAGGAUGAUACGGCUGAGAAUGUGCAAGGCUUAUCUACACGCUCAACAAGUGUGGAAAUUUGUGAUUCUGAUCCUUCUAAAGGUUCUGGCUUAAAGGAAGAUGGAAGUGCAACGAGACCAAUUAAAGUGUAA